UAAUGACGACUAAUUCCAACUAAUAAAGCCCCUAAUCAACGAAACGGACACAGGAAAAAUCGGGUGGGUAAGAACAAUUAGCAUACCCCUUCCCAACCCGGAGACAGAACAGGGAACAGACAAAACCACACUCUCCUCUCUCUGGCUCUUUUUGGUGUUCCAUUGGAUUGGCCUUGUGUUGUAGUAAUUGCCGUGGUGUUGACGGUGGUCUUGGUCCCGACUUGGUUGGUGGGGAAGAAUAAAUGAGAGUGAUAAUGGUGGUGGAGAGAGAAACUCAGGCUCAGGCACAGUCUGGGUUUCCAUUGUUAAAAGCGCAUCAUUGCUAGAGAGUGAGAAAGAGGGGGACGGCUCUGGAAUGCACGUGGUUCAGCUUCACUUGGUGGCAACCGCUUAAAAUUUAUUUUGCACAGACUAACCAUUAUAGGAAGCUUAUUUAAUUGCCUCUCGCUGUCUCAUCUGCUUUCUUUCCAGCAAAGCUACAGCCUUCGUUUCCACUAUUCUCAUUUCAUUUACUUACUCCUACUUCCCAUUCUUCCCUGCCUUCCAUUUCUUCUCUCUCUUCAUCUCUCAGCUCAACCUCAGACCUUGCUUCUCGCAUUCUUCCCCCCUCAAAAGGCUGAAUCGCUACAUACUAAGAGAAUCGCAGAUCUUUGUUGUUUUAGUGAACCUGAUUUCUGUCAAUCCCAUUUGGAAAAGGAAGGAGCUUUGAGUGGAAUGAUCCCAAUUGGUCAUGAUGGUGGUGCUGUGUUCGUCGUUGAAACAGCAUUUGCGCAACCUCGUUCACUGCAGCUGAGGAAAGACAAAUCGUCGCACAUUUGGUUCCAACUACGAUAAUGCCUAACGGCUAAUGUUAUCUCCCAACUCCGCCUUGUUUCGAGCAUGAGAAGGCAUCGUCAAUUUCAUCUCCCGCAUGCUCUCUUGUGCUCUGUUCUCUGUCUUCUUUCAUCUAUCGCGGUCUCACCGGUGACUGAGAAGGAGAUUUUGCUUCAAUUUAAGGGUAACAUUACAGAUGAUCCUCAAAACAGCCUGAGCUCAUGGGUUUCGAGUGGAAACCCUUGUGAAGAUUAUAGAGGAGUUUUCUGUAACCCCGAAGGUUUUGUGGAAAGAAUCGUACUAUGGAACACUAGUUUGGCCGGAGUAUUGGCGCCGGCUUUGUCUGGAUUGAAAUUCUUGAGGAUUUUGACAUUGUUCGGGAAUCGUUUUUCGGGGAAGAUUCCGGAAGAAUACGGUGACAUUCACUCAUUGUGGAAAAUCAAUUUGAGCUCCAAUGCAUUAUCUGGUUCAAUCCCAGAGUUCAUUGGUGACUUAGAAAGUAUCCGCUUUCUGGAUUUAUCGAAGAAUGAGUUCACCGCGGAGAUUCCUUCGGCUCUGUUUAGGCACUGUUACAAAACCAGGUUCAUUUCUCUUUCUCAUAACAGUCUUUCAGGUAUAAUUCCAGCGUCAUUGGCGAAUUGCUCGAACCUUGAAGGUUUUGAUUUUUCUUUCAACAAUCUAAGAGGGGGUAUUCCUUCUGGACUUUGUGAUAUUCCAAGAUUAUCCUACAUGUCCUUGAGAAGCAAUGCCUUAUCAGGAACAGUGGAAGAGCAGAUUGUGGGAUGCCAAAGUUUGACACUUUUAGAUCUUGGAGAUAAUGCAUUCACUGGUUCAGCCCCUUUUAGCAUCAUUGGAACGAAGAAUCUUACUUAUUUCAAUGUAUCACGUAACGGUUUUAGUGGACAAAUUCCAGGGAACACUGCUUGUAGCGAGAGAUUACAGUUUUUUGAUGCUUCGGGGAAUGCUUUGGAUGGGGAGAUUCCCUCUAGUAUAACAGGAUGCAAAAGCCUCAAGCUAUUGGCCUUGGAGUCUAAUAGGUUGAAAGGGACUAUCCCAUUAGGGAUUAAAGACAUGGGAAGGCUACUUGUUAUUAAAUUAGGUAAUAAUUCAGUAAGUGGAUCGAUUCCCAAGGGGUUUGGCAACAUUCAGCUGCUUGAAGUGCUUGAUUUGCAUAAUCUAAACCUUGUCGGUGAAAUUCCCGAAGAUAUAAGCAAUUGUAGAUUCCUUCUAGAGCUGAAUGUUUCGGGUAAUAACUUGGAAGGAGAGAUUCCUCAGAACCUUAACAACUUAACAUAUCUGGAAGUCCUUGACCUGCAUCAAAAUCAGCUCAGUGGCAGCAUCCCAACAAGCCUAGGAAACUUGUCAAAGAUCCAAUACCUAGAUGUGUCACAUAAUUCACUUUCUGGUUCUAUCCCUUCUUCCCUUGGGAAUUUGAACAGACUGACACAUUUUAAUCUCUCAUUUAACAAUCUCUCUGGUAUCAUUCCACCAAUUGCAUCGAUACAGAGUUUUGGUUCUUCAGCAUUUUCCAACAACCCUUAUCUUUGUGGGGUUCCUUUGGACACCCCUUGCUCAGCAAAUGGCACUACAACACAGCCUACUUCUAGGAAGCCUAAACUAAGUGUCUCUGCAAUUAUUGCAAUUGUUGCUGCAGCAGUGAUUCUUAUUGGGGUUUGUUUGGUGAGCAUCAUGAAUAUCAAGGCACGUCGUAAGAAAAAAGAUGAACAGAUGAUGAUAGUUGAGACUACGCCCCUUGGAUCUACAGAAUCAAAUGUCAUAAUAGGAAAGCUGGUUCUCUUCAGCAAAAGUUUACCAUCGAAGUAUGAAGACUGGGAGGCAGGUACCAAAGCAUUGCUUGAUAAAGAGUCUUUGAUCGGGCGAGGAUCAAUUGGGACAGUCUACAGAACUGAUUUUGAAGGUGGGAUCUCUAUUGCAGUGAAAAAGCUUGAGACGUUGGGAAGAAUCAGAAACCAAGAUGAAUUUGAGCAUGAAAUUGGGCGAAUAAGUAACCUUCAACACCCUAAUUUAGUUGCCUUUCAAGGUUACUAUUGGUCCUCGACCAUGCAGUUAAUUCUAUCAGAGUUUGUCUCAAAUGGGAAUCUCUACGAUAAUCUACAUGGCUUUGGCUAUCCCGGAACCAGCACUAGCCGCGGCAAUAGGGAACUAAACUGGUCCAGAAGGUACCAAAUUGCAGUUGGAACUGCAAGAGCCCUUGCCUACCUUCACCAUGACUGUCGACCUCCGAUUCUUCAUCUCAACUUGAAGUCAUCAAACAUACUCUUAGAUGACAGGUAUGAGGCAAAGUUGUGUGAUUAUGGGCUAGGGAAGUUACUUCCCAUGUUGGACAAUUAUGGUUUGACCAAAUUCCACAAUUCUGUUGGAUAUGUUGCACCAGAGUUGGCUCAGAGUAUGAGACAGAGUGAGAAAUGUGACGUGUAUAGUUUUGGGGUUAUUCUUUUGGAAUUGGUCACAGGGAGGAAGCCCGUAGAAAGUCCAACAGCGAGCGAGGUCGUGGUUUUGUGUGAUUAUGUUAGAGGAUUAUUGGAGACUGGCUCAGCUUCACAAUGCUUUGAUACGAGGUUGCUGGGUUUUGUGGAGAACGAGUUAAUUCAGGUGAUGAGAUUGGGGCUUAUCUGUACGUCGGAGGAUCCUUCAAGGAGACCAAGUAUGGCUGAGGUUGUGCAGGUUCUUGAAUCUAUCAGAAAUGGAUUGGAAUCAAAUUAACCAGACAGACCAAAUGGACUUCGUUGCCGCCCAGAGUUAGGUAAUUUUUAAUUUAGCUUCUCCCUGAGUACAGAUAGGAGGCAGCAGAAGUGGAUGGAAAUUUGUGCAUACAAGGCUCGAGAGUGAGAAUGUUUUCCUAGGAAAAGUGAAAAAGAAAAAUAAUUCUUUUGCAUUCAUUUUUAAAUUAUCAUUUAAUUUAAAACUGUAAUAUUCUCAAUAAGAGGCAUUUGUUUAUUACGUUUGCA